AUGAGGAAUGCUGUGGCAUUGCAGUGGGCGUCGCUGAACUCGUCUCGCUGGGUGUACUUGGAGGAUGAGGGCCCUCGUAUUGGCACGGUGGUGCUGCCAAGUGCUCUGUACCGUCGGCUCCGCCAAGCUGCGCUGGUGCUCCACUUGGACGUGCCCUUCGAGCUGCGUGCGGAACGUUCGCUGGCUCUUUACGGCUCCUUUGGUGCAGAGGCCCUGUGUUCAGCAGUGGAGAAUUUUCGACACCGCAUGGGCCACAGCCGCACGAAUCUGCUUCAGCAGAAGCUGCGCGAAGGGGCGCUCCGGGAAGUUUGUGAGGAGAUCUUGCAGAAUUACGACAAGGCCUACAGCUACCAUCUGAAAAGGGGGCGAGCAGGCAAUGGGCAGAUCCUGCGCUUGAGCGUACAUACCUCGGACUCCGCCGCAGUGGCUCGCGACGUCGCGGUGAAACUUCAGGAGACGGCAGCCGAGGAUGUUGCUGACCUGCCUGCCGAGGGCGGCUCGGCUGCCAACGUCUCCUCUACAAUCCGCGAGUUUCCCUGCUUCUGCGGAGCUGUUGUGGCCCGUGCAGCUGGCGACCCUGUUUCGGUGUCGAUUUGCCACUGCUCGAUAUGCAGGCGACUUUCUGGAGCUCCUUUCGUCGCAAGCGCUGUCUUCAGGCCAGAGCGUGUCGAGCUUCGGAGUCGACAGGGCGGUCCCCCGCAGCUUUCCGAGCUUCGCACAUCAAAGCAAGUGACGAGGCAGCGCUGUGCCGUUUGCGGCGCGCCGGUUUGUGGCCGUCUGGGCCGAUACGUAGCCCUCCCUCUUGGGAGCCUGGUUUCCGCCGAGCAAAGUCGAAGCGGUGACAUCUCGGAGGCAUGGCAGCCGUCUCAUCACCUGCACUACGACAGUCGAAUUCUGGACAUCCAGGACGACCUCGUCAAGUAUCGCGGACGGGCGCGCGGCGAAGUGUGGAUGCCUGCAGAGGAAAAGAUCGCAUGCACGAAGUUGUGGCAGCUCGUUGCCCAGGUGGCCCCGACGCCGACGCCUGGGCCGGCGUCGCCCUCGGGCGCGUCGGGAGCCGCACCCGGACCCGUGGCCGUGGCCACUCAGCCGAAUGUGGAGGUUUCAGCUCUCUUGGCUGGUCAUGCAGCAGCCGCUGGCCAUGCGGUGACCUACACGACGACGACCACCACCACCACGGCUGUGACGAUUAAUGGAGCAGCCCCUGGCUUCCCAACUCCUCCCCCGCCGACUGGGCCAGCGAUCGAGUACCGGCCGCCGUCUCCACAGCCGCAGGCCAACGGGAACGGGCACGAAAACGGGACACAGGGUGGCAGCACUGACAGCAAGGCGUUGCCAGCGGCGGCAGCCGAGCCCACGGAUCAGGAUAGACUGGCCAUGGUGGCCGCGAGGAAGCUGAACGCCGGCAUCCCUCGGGCUGGGCCUCUGCCUCUCCAGUGGAACACCAGCUGCGCGCGCGACGUGCGCGUGAGGGGUUCCUGGGAUGGCUGGAAGCGCGACUACGCGUUGGAGCCGUGUCCUGGAGUUGGUUUCCGGAUCAUGCUUCUCCUUCCUGCCGGUGAGUACGAGUUCAAGUUCAUAGUGGACGGCAACUGGACGACCUCGGAGGACAUGGAGACUACAAAGUGUGCCAACAGGAACAAUGUGGCACAAGUCAAUGAGAUGGUGCUUGUGCCUGUGCCGCGAGGAUCUGAGCAUUCUCAAUUUGGGAAGAAGACUGACUGCAUCGCCGAUCAACAUUACAGGGUUCGAGAAUGGUCAGGGGCACGUCGGUGA